ACGGAUCUCUAGUUUUCUUUAUCCUCUGUUUCCUCCAUUUGUAUACACAUCUGCCUAGAAACGUCAGAGUUCGUCAUUUUCCAUGAGUCUCUUCGGCCUCGGUAGCAGAAACCAGAAGACAUUUAGGCCAAAGAAGAAUGCUCCAUCAGGAAGCAAGGGUGCUCAGCUUCAAAGGCACAUCAAUGCAACCUUGGGUAGUGGGAACUUGAGAGAAGCUGUUAGGCUACCACCUGGUGAAGAUAUCAACGAAUGGCUAGCUGUAAAUACUGUGGAUUUCUUCAAUCAAGUGAAUAUCCUGUAUGGUACACUAACUGAGUUCUGCACUGCAAACAGUUGUCCAACUAUGUCAGCAGGAACAAGAUACGAGUAUCGGUGGGCUGAUGGGGUUACUGUAAAGAAGCCUAUAGAGGUAUCUGCUCCUAAAUAUGUUGAGUACCUCAUUGACUGGAUUGAAGCUCAGAUGGAUGAUGAAGCAAUUUUCCCACAAAAACUGAGGGCAGCAUUUCCACCGAAUUUUCGAGAUGUCGUGAAUACGAUAUUUAAGAGAUUGUUCAGAGUAUAUGCACACAUUUACCACUCACAUUUUCAGAAGAUUGUGAGCUUGAAAGAGGAAGCUCAUUUGAAUACUUGCUUUAAGCAUUUUGUUCUGUUUACUUGGGAAUUUCGGUUGAUUGACAACGGAGAACUUGCACCUCUGUCUGAUCUUGUGGACUCUAUUCUGCAGUUGUAGACCAAUGAGUCUUCUAUUUGUUUUUCUGGU